AUGGAGCCGGGCUGCGGUGGUGGUCCGGGCUUGCUCAUCGUCAAUAACAAACAACGGAGCGGAGGACUUGGACUCACCACGACGACGCCCCCGCCACCGCCGGGAGGGAAAGGCCGGGAGCCUAAUCGUAACCAGCGUAAAGACUCGGAGGGCUAUUCAGAAUCACCAGACUUUGAGUUUGAAUAUGCAGAUGCCGACAAGUGGACCGCUGAACUCUCAGAACUGUACAGUUAUACUGAAGGUCCUGAAUUCCAACUCAACAGAAAAUGCUUUGAAGAAGAUUUUAGACUGCAUGUCUUGGAUAAAAAGUGGACAGAACUGGACACUAAGCAACAUCGUACUCAUGCCAUGAGACUUCUUGAUGGCCUUGAGGUCACAGCUCGGGAGAAAAGGCUCAGGGUAGCUCGAGCCAUCCUCUAUGUUGCACAAGGCACAUUUGAUGAGUGUAGUUCAGAAGCGGAGGUUCAGUUUUGGAUGCGAUACAACAUUUUUCUUCUGCUUGAAGUUGGAACAUUUAAUGCUUUGGUGGAGCUUUUGAACAUGGAAAUUGAUAACAGUGCUGCCUGUAGCAGUGCAGUGAGGAAGCCUGCUAUCUCCUUGGCUGAUAGCACAGAUUUGAGGGUGCUUCUGAACAUUAUGUACCUUAUUCUGGAGACUGUCCGUCAGGACUGUGAAGGAGAUAAGCCUGAGUGGAAGACAAUGAGACAGACCUUCAGAGCUGAGCUAGGGGCACCUCUAUAUAACAAUGAGCCAUUUUCUGUGAUGCUCUUUGGCAUGGUCACCAAAUUCUGCAGUGGCCAUGCUCCACACUUUCCUAUGAAGAAAGUGUUGCUGCUGCUCUGGAAGACUGUCCUGUGCACCCUUGGAGGAUUUGAGGAGCUUCAGGAUAUGAAAGCAGAGAAACGAGAGAUGCUUGGUCUUCCUCCACUUCCUGAAGAUAGCAUAAAAGUGAUCCGCAACAUGAGAGCUGCAUCACCUCCGGCAUCGGCUUCAGAUUUGAUUGAGCAGCAGCAGAAACGGGAUCGGCGGCAACACAAGGCUCUUAUUAAACAGGAUAAUCUAGAUGCAUUCAAUGAGCGAGAUCCUUACAAAGCUGAUGAUUCCCGAGAAGAUGAGGAGGAGAACGAUGAAGACAAUAGUCUUGAGGGGGAGACAUUUCCUCUUGAAAGAGAUGAAGUGAUGCCGCCUCCUGUGCAGCACCCUCCAACUGACCGACUGACAUGUCCAAAAGGUUUGCCUUGGGCACCCAAAGUCAGGGAAAAAGAUAUUGAGAUGUUUCUGGAAUCUAGUCGAAGCAAAUUCAUUGGCUAUACCUUGGGGAGUGACACCAACACCGUAGUGGGAUUGCCAAGACCAAUUCAUGAGAGUAUCAAAACUCUAAAAUUGCACAAGUAUACAUCUAUUGCAGAAAUUCAAGUUCAAAUGGAAGAGGAGUAUCUGCGUUCUCCCUUGUCAGGGGGGGAAGAGGAAGUUGAGCAAGUUCCAGCUGAAAUCUUAUACCAGGGUCUUCUUCCUAGCCUGCCUCAAUACAUGAUUGCCUUGCUAAAGAUUCUGCUCGCUGCAGCACCCACCUCCAAAGCCAAGACUGAUUCCAUCAAUAUCCUUGCCGAUGUUUUGCCCGAGGAGAUGCCAACAACUGUGUUACAGAGUAUGAAGCUGGGCGUUGAUGUGAAUAGACAUAAAGAGAUUAUUGUAAAAGCUAUUUCUGCUGUUCUGCUGCUGCUGCUCAAGCAUUUUAAACUGAAUCAUGUAUAUCAAUUUGAAUACAUGGCUCAACAUCUAGUGUUUGCCAACUGCAUUCCACUUAUAUUGAAAUUCUUCAAUCAGAACAUUAUGUCAUACAUCACAGCAAAGAAUAGCAUUUCUGUUUUGGAUUAUCCAUAUUGUGUGGUACAUGAAUUACCAGAGCUGACUGCAGAAAGUUUGGAAGCUGGAGACAAUAAUCAGUUUUGCUGGCGGAACUUAUUUUCUUGCAUUAAUCUUCUUAGGAUAUUGAAUAAGUUAACAAAGUGGAAACACUCUAGGACCAUGAUGCUGGUAGUUUUCAAGUCUGCUCCCAUUCUAAAAAGAGCCCUGAAAGUAAAGCAAGCCAUGAUGCAACUCUAUGUAUUGAAACUUCUCAAAGUGCAGACAAAGUACCUGGGACGUCAGUGGAGGAAAAGCAACAUGAAAACUAUGUCUGCAAUCUACCAAAAAGUGCGACAUCGGCUCAAUGAUGACUGGGCUUAUGGCAAUGAUCUGGAUGCACGUCCAUGGGACUUCCAAGCUGAAGAAUGUGCUCUACGGGCCAGUAUAGAACGCUUCAACUCUCGACGCUAUGACCGGGCACAUAACAAUCCUGAUUUUCUACCUGUUGACAACUGUUUGCAAAGUGUGUUGGGUCAGCGGGUGGAACUGCCUGAAGAUUUCCAAAUGAAUUAUGACUUGUGGCUGGAAAGGGAAGUUUUUUCUAGACCUAUCUGCUGGGAGGAGUUGUUGCAAUGAUGAUUUAUAAAUGGAAAAUCUUUCAAGACACGGAGCUGUUACAUGUGCCCAAAGAUAAUGUUCCUGAUCUACAGUCAACCAAGCAUAGAGGAGAUAAAAUUGUUUUGUGACAUAUAACCAGCAGUUUUUCCUUUUUCCUCCAGGUGGCAGCAUGUAACUGACAAUGGCUUUCCUACAUCUUUGGGGCUGCUUUGGUUAUGGAUUGCUAUAGAGUAGCACAGCUUAAGCUCUGGGCCUGUUGUGGCAAAAUAUCAAAUGUCGAUACUGUUGUUCACUAAACAUGGACAACUAUUCUGUUCCAAAAUUAAAAUGGCAGAUUUUUUAGCUAUAUCCGCUAUCCUUGUCCCAGAAUGGCAAAGUGACAUCAUUUUCUUACUAGCUUCUAAGAGAAAAAGUGAAUUCUUAGCUGUGCAGAUGGGAAGAGAAAAGGGUAGAAAGCUAUCUAGUACAUAAGGAUACGGUCUGAUUAAGAGGAAUAGAAGCUGGAAAUAAGAUGUGUAUAUAGUAGUGCCACAGAAUCCUCAGUUUCUGGGACAAGGUUGGGCGUGUAAGUGCUAUAGUGUGUAAGCACUAUUUCGGUCUUAUCUCAGUCUUGAAAGAAGAGAAAAAGCAACUAUUUUGAUCAUGGGUGUUUUCCCAACUUGUGCCUCAGAUUGAAUCAAACUUUAAAUGAGUCACACUCAGUGUUUUUGAGAUUGAUAAAUAUUAUUGAAUAUUAAUAUUCAAAUACUGUGUUUAUGUUUUCUAAACAUCCUUUUUCCUAUUGUAAUUGUCAGAAAUCUGAAAGAUUUACAAAUGAGUGUUCAGCACAGGUGCAGAUGCCUGUGUUUGGCAUCUCAAUUUGACUUAGCAUGAUAUAUUCAUUCUCAGUUUCCUCAAUCUACUCUUGUAGAGCCAGACAGCUCUGUUGUCCAUGGAUGCUCCACUUCAAUUUAAUUCUAGCAAAGAGAAGUAGGUGUGUUGUUUCCAUUGCUGUUUUGUAUGGUGCAGGUUCUGAGUCCUUGCUAGCUACGUCGGGAAUGAGAUUGAAGACAAGGCAUCUACUCAAAGAAGGUGAUAAAAUACAUUUGUAAAUUGGGUGGAUGACACCUGUUUCCUAGGAGAUAAUAUUUCCUGUUCUGAUAGACCAAUUUUCCAUAGCUUCAAUUGGAUUUGGUUAUAUUUGUGAGUGUUUCAUUAUAUUUGUGAACAGGAGCAAGCAAAAUACUGCUCUGUGUGGCAUGUUGGUUUUCUAUAUGGUUUUAUAACCUGGUAAUAAUUUUGGAUUGCAAUCCAAAAAUGAUUUACUUGGAAAUAAGGCCUGACAAAAUUAAUAUUCCAAAUAAAUAUGUUUAGGACUGGAGUUGCAUUAAAAGGCUACUACAAAACCAGAAGUGCUUUCCAGUUAACCUGAUUUACUUAUAUUCGAAUUUUUCUGUAUGGUUAACUGAGUUAUUGAAAUUGUAGAGUGUCUCUCAUAGAAAGAACAAUAGGAACCAAAGUUUAUUUUAUCUAUUUAAGAGUAAAAAUUAAGUUUAGCAAAUCUUUAGGACACUUCAAACGAAAUCAUGCAGGAAGCUAAUGUAAGGAUUGUGUUAUAACAAUAGUUAGAUAUUUCUAACUUUUCAAUUAAAAGAGUAUCCUUUUGCUUACCUCAGCAUUGUGAAUAGUAUAAUGGUAAUAUACAAUUACAUGGAAAAGCAACAAACAUUAAAACAGCAAAAUACCUCUAUUUUAUGAUUAGUGCUUACUCAUAUUAAAUGCUUAUUAAUACUUCCUGGAUUUUUCUACACACUUUUCUACAUGAAAAGUAUGGGCUGGAGAAAGUGGGUAUAACUCUGUAAUAUAGGAAUAAAUUAUUGAAGGCAUUAUUAUUUCAAAUGUUAUGCCUUUUUGCUUCUGCACUGAAAUCAAUAGGAAAUCCUUCCAUAGCCAUCUGAUGAAGAGUAUUAGUGUGAUGAUAACAUUUUCUUAUAUCUGCAUUUGCAAAGGGCUGCUACUCAUAAGGUCACUCUCAUCUCUGGCAGUUCUCCAAUUGUGAUGGCAAUUAAAUGUGUUUGGUAGAGCCAGAGCUAAGAAAGCAAUAUCUCCUUCCUAUGCCAUAUUAAGAAGGAUGGACCUACCAUGUAGUCUGCUAGCAUGAAAUAGGGUAUUCUUCCCUGCUUAGUUGUAAAUAGCACUAGUUUGCUACCCCAUCUGAGAUGGGGUAAAAUUGAUUUCCCAUGUUUCUUGCAGGUCAGUAAUCCAAUUUCUACACAUUCUUGUCUCUCUGCCUCUGGGAUCAUAUUCUCCAUGUGUCUUUGUUUAUGCCUAAAAUCUUACAAUUUUUGCCAGUAAGAGAUAUGUGUCAGUUCUUGCUUUGCCUUGAUGGCCAUUGGUUUCAUGAAGUCAGGAAGUGAAAUGAGCAGCUGGGAGGUUGUUGCAUCUUGACAGUUCAUGCUGUUUGCCUGCUUUCCACCUAAUGACAUUUUUUUUACAGGUAGGUAGAGCUAGGGUAAGGGGAUGUUUAUUUUUCCAGUGUUGAAUGUAAAUAGAUGAAAAUUAAUGCAUAUUUUAAUAUGGUUUUACUAGUGCAAACAUUUGCAAACAUUUUGCUACAGAAAAUUUGAGAAACAAACAGUUCUUUGGCACUCUAAUGUAUUUGGUUUAGUUGUAAAAAAUAGUUUUGUUUCAUUUCUGAUAUCAGUAAGUACAUGAUACUUUAAAUUCUUCCAGCCCCGAUCUUAAGGGUUGUUUUUGUUCGUUCAUUUUUUUGUCGGUACUUAUUUAUCAAUGACUAGCCCUCAUAGUUAAUGGGGCCAAUUGGAGAACAAGCAAGUUGCAGUCUUGAUAACUAAUAGAGUGGGAUGAGGUGGGAAAUAACCUGUCUUUCUCAAACACAUUUUGUGAAAUCUGAUUAAUGUGGUACCAAACCAGAAGUGGUAGUGUGAUCUCUGCAUUAUCUUCAAUAGAUCAUAACUGUUGAUAAUUUUGAAAGAGGGUUUUCAUCCAAGUAUAAAAGGAAUUGUGUAUUUCAAUUUAUUUGCUCUCUUCACCAGGAUAGUUGUUCUAAUAGUACAGAAAUCUCUCUGGAUGACUUACCCUGUUUAGAAAAUGGGUUUUAACAACCUGUAUUACAUUUGCCCACAAGAAAAGAUUGUUUUUACUUCAAACGAGAGUUAUCUUCAUAACUGAAAGGACAAGCACUUCAUGUUGGAAGUGAGUCAGUUUUACUGAAUAAGAUUUAUUGCUAGUUUUCUAUAAAAAGUCAGAUGUGAUAAUCCGGAUAAAAAAUAGGAAAGGCCACUUCAAAUGAUUCACACUUCCUACAUACUCUUUUUUUCUUCAGACUCUUAGUACCGUAGUGAUGACUUUUUGACGCUCAAAUAAGUUUGUCUUAUUAUAAUACAAGCAUAAUCAGGAUAUAAUUUUGGCCUGGCAGUGCUGGUCUGUCAGACAAAGGAAACAGUCUUAUGGUAAAAUUUAUCUAGCCCCACUAAGUGCAAUCUUUCCUUAGCUUAGCCCAGGGGUGUCAAACUUGAUUUCAUUGAGGGCUGCAUCAGAGAUGUGUUUGACCUCGAGGGGUUGGCAUGGGUAUUACAGCCAGGGUGGCCAGCUCGAUACUCAUGUGGCUUCUGAGCUCCAUUUCGACUGCAACGGCCUCCUGCAACCCUCUGCCAGUGAAAACAGAGCUUGGGAGUGCCGCCCAUGGCCCUUGCGAGCUCUAUUUUCAGCUGCGACGGCUCUGUUUUCACUGGCAGUAACACUGAGGGCAGGUUCUUUGCUGUUUCCAGGGCAGCCCCACGGGCCAGAUUUAAGCAUCCCGUGGGCCGGAUCUGGCCCCCGGGCCUUGAGUUUGACACCCUUGUCUUAGCCAGAGGUUCACAAACUGAAGCCCUGGCUUUGCAGGUAAUUUAAGAGCUAAUUAAAAUUAUUACCAAAUUGUAAUAUCCCUUUGGAGGGAGAGUGGGGGAAUAGGAAGAACUAAAAUUAUCACAGUUCUUUUUUCUUGGACCAGAGAGCAGUUCUCUGGCAGGACUGUUUGUUCAGACCUGACUUAAAGAAACCUAUCCCUACAAAUCAAGCAAGACUUAAUAGUUGUCCCACACAAGAACACAGUAUGCCAGUAAAUGCAGGAAUGAUUACUGUGUAAAGGGAAUGAGAUGACUCCAAAGCUAGAAUUUACAAAUUAUAUAUUAUAUACAUUACCAUUCUUUCUCACCCACUCAAGUUUGUGAACAUUUUUCCUAACUCUUGUCAUUCAUUAAUCAUGCAGAUAUUUGGAAUUGGGCCUUUCUUCUAAAUCCAAUGAACUGGAGUGGAACGUGUAAGAAUUUUAGUGGGGUGGAAUUGGUUAGAGGGAAAAUUAUCAGAGCUGUUCUUUCUGCAUGUUGUUACUGUGUGUAGUGUAAAUAUCAAUCAUGAGAAAGCCUGCAGAAUCAUUGUUCUUAAGGCUAGAAUUUUGAAGGUGUUCCUGUGAAAGAGACAGAUUCCACAGUUUGGUAUAAGAGCGAAAGACAAUGUCCAGUCUCCUAAAUCUGGAAGGGGAGGGGACUCAUUCUUGCUUCCUUACGGUAAUAGAUCUAUGCUAGUGUGGAAGAUCUGUUUGGAGAAUCCUUUUUCACUUUCUUCAGAGAAUCAGAUUAAAUUGACAAAGUUCAUGGAGGAUGGCCGGAUAGCUCUACCCUUAUCUCUUGAGAUGAGGGACUAUACUGCACAAAAAGUGGUAUUUUGUAGAGUAAGGCUUUAGCAGUAUAUGAAAAGACUAAUCUUUGUGCCAUUUUCUCAUGUCUUCCUUCCUUGGAAACUUAACUUCAGGCAAGGCACAAUUUGUUUUUUAAAAGUGUGUCCAAAUCAGCCCAAGUCAUUUUUUUUUACUGAGUUUAACUAAGUAUAUGGAAUCUGUAUGCCAAGUGCAGAGCAUUUUGCUUGAGGAAAAGCCUCUCUGCUGCCUAUAAUCUUAUUUUCUCCUCUUCCUCCUCCUCUUCAGCAACAGGCUCAGGUUUCAAGAGCCACUUUACUAGGUAAAUUGGCUUCCUAAUUAUAGCAAUCAUGGUGCCACUUCUGCUUUGAUUCUGUAAUUACACUCUCCCUUAUUUUCAAUCCAAUGGAGAGAAACAAUUGAGUAGUAAAUUUCUAGGAAUUUACACCAAUUACCAUUGGCCAAACUUUAAAAAGAUAACCUUAAACACAAUUUCUUUUAUAGCUGGUGUUGAGAAAUGGAAAAAACCAACCCAGCAUUUUGUUCACUUGGAUUAAGUAUUGCAGUUUACGUAUGCAUUAUCCUGAACCAUCCUGAAUUAUUCAGUUUACAAGAGUAUGAAAAGAAGGUGGCAACAUCAGGCUUUUUUUGGGUGUGUGUGUACAGUUUCCCUGUUUUAUUCACAAUAUUUUAUGGAUGGUACAAAUGAUUUUUUCUUGUGUUAGUAAUCCCUAUUUUUCAGGGGGCUUCUUCCCCAUCUUUUCCUCUACUUUCUAUUAAGAGCUGGCCAGACUAGAAAUGAAGACAGUGUGAGUUCUAUUCCUUUAUGCAUGAAAUUGACUGGGUGACUUUGGGACCAUUAUGUACACAGUUUUGUGUCCUAAAAAAUAAAAGAAAUACAAAUCGAACAAGGAUGAACAAUCCAGAAUAUCUUUAUUGUGACUGUUGGGGGUUGGCCAUGCAGAAUCACUCUAAAUGAUGUCCAUAUACAGUGCUAAGCCAGAGCUUCUUCUGAACAAGCUGUGAGGCUUGGUGUUCAUAUAAUAUAACUCUAACAGAUUAUAUGCACAUUCAUUUAUUGUGUUUAGGUAGAGGUGCAUGACCUAAAGCCUCAGGGUCCCAAUCAAUUCCUUUUAAAUAGCUACUAAAUUGUAAAUGUUUGUGACAUAAUUAGAAAAUUGUUAAAUAUACAUAAACAUGCUAAUUGUAAUUUCAAUUAAAUGUAAAUGAAAUCAAAAUUUGUCCUGGCUGCGCAUACUGCUUUGUCUUGCCUCCUUCAGUUUUUGGUGCAUAACUCUAUCCUAACACUCAAAAUCUAAGUCAAUGUAGUAGUUUUUUUUAUUUGUUAUGCACCCAAAACUAUGUAACAGCUCAAAAGAAGUUGUGAAUCCUGCUCUCAGCUGAACACAAACUCUGCUGAUUUAGCAGUGUGUAGGGGUACCUGUUGUGUUUUGCUUUUCUGAAAUUGUCAAUGAUAGAGCUAAAGUUACAUUAGACAGGGAGCCUAUGGGAACUAAAAGAAAACAGUCUUGUACACAGACAGAACAUUGCUACAAUAACUUUAUUCUGUUUACUUUGGCCCUACUUUUUUGUACCUUUGAACAGGAAAUGAGAUUCUUCUCUUUCAAUGUAGCAGUUGAAACAGUAGGCUGAAAAAUAUGGAUAUUUUAUGACUAAUUAAAAGCAUUGUUUCUACUGUG